CGUGCUGAGAGAGGUCAGCGUGAGGUCACAGGUUCACACGUGUCACAUCUGAUCCUAAUCAGCAAAUAAACUACUUCCUUCCUUCCUCCUCGUUGUAGGAGCUGACUCAGAAACAGAUCACAAAUGCCAGGAAGAAGUUUGACUUUUACAACAAGGACCACAGCGGCUCAGUGCUGAGAGAAAAUCUGAAAAACAUCUUUACUGAUUUGUUCCCGCUGUGAACAAGAACAUGUUGGAGAGGUUCGUCACUGAUGAGCUCAGAGCCUCAGACAAAGACUUCUCUACAACAAUAGACUUCCAGCAGUUCCUCGGGAUGUACCGCGGCUCUUCUCUCAGUGCAGGAGUGUGGUGCUUCAGGACUCUGAUAUGGGUGUGGCCCAUAGCCAGUUACCUGAACAGAAAGUCAGCCCUCCACCUCUCAGUAAGAUCCCCAGGUAUAAAGGCCUCAGAGGACAGAGUCAGACAGCAGCCCAGGACUCAGAACGCUCUCUGAGUAAAGGAGACUUCCAGCAGAAGGAGGAGACCUCCGCCGACAAGAGGGAGUGCCUGGACCUGGACCUGGAGGGGGAGGAAGACCUCGAUGAAGGAGAUUCUUUCUUUGACGACCCGCUGCCCAAACCACAGAAGACCUAUGGCUGUCCCGUCCCCGUGUUGGAGGAGAGUCUCUCUGACUCCAUCGUGUCCUCCUUGAGACGAGGCAAAAGUCUGAGCGACUUAUCUGUGCUGGCUGCUGACACAGAGGGCGAGCGAGACGAGCCUCUCUCUGAUCCCUCUGAGCUCAGGAAGGCGGAGGUGUCCGGAUACAGGGGGAGUCCAGCAGCGUCACUGUCUGAGGCUCAGAGACCGGCAUCAGGAGGAAGAGGAGGACAAAGCAGCGUGUCAGAGCCAAACCUCAGCAGGAACGGAGCGUCUCAGGACAAAGACAGAGGCUUCAAGGCUCCAAGUGACAGAAGUGGAUCUCUGCAUUUAGAUGAUGAGGUUGAGUAUGACGACGACUUCAACAGUCACCGCUCUGACCUCUCCAAGAGCGAGCUGAGCAUCGGUGAGGAGAUUGAGGAGGUUUCCAUUGAGGGUCCCGACCACAGCGACAAGGUGGAUGAAUCCACUCAGGACGUCAGCGUCUCUCAGCUCAGUCAGAGUCAUGGAGCCGACUACAUGGAGGAUGUGGGCUGAGCCUCCCAUCAUCCACCUCUUCUUUGUAUCCUGAUAUUUAAGCAUUUAUAGUCUCAGUGAAGAAUAAACUCUGUAUUCAUAAAUCAA